AUGGCCCUUCUGUCACGGCCCUCCCUCCGCUCUGUGCGACGGGAAGAACCUGACGGCAAACAUCGCCUGAACCGCCGCCGCAGCUCCCCAGACUGCCUCGACACGACAACCCCAGACCCCAAACCACGCCCGAAUCUCCCCUUGAAACUCGCGCGCCCGCGGACCGUGAAUCGCCGCGACUCCUCCGCAUCUGUUGACACGGUCGCCUCGCAAUUGGCGACGCCGGCAACCCGCAAUGCGAAUGGCAGGGCCCGCGCCCAUGACCCCAAUACGCCUUCGAUCGCGACCGACUUGUCGAGGGAGUCGCCUGAUCCUUUGGAUACGAUUUCGCCCGCGCCUGCAUCUGUCGCGUUUAAGCAACGGCCUGUUACACCUGCUGUGACUGCGCGGUCGGAUGCCAAGGCUACUGUUUCGCCUGUGGCUCGCGCGACUCGACGGGUUGAUACUCAAGUGUUGAGUGAGGAGCAGGGAAAUGUGAAGGGUGUGGGUGGUGAUGGAGGCGGCGUUGAUGCGGCUGGGGUCAGGUCGACGCGAAAUCGCAAGAGCGAUGGGGGCGACGGCGAGCAGGCUGAGGUGGAUGAGAAACAGACUGGGCGGCGGUCGUUGCGCUCGACUGACACCGGGUCACGGUGUAAGAGCGAGCUUGCGCAGUAUUUUCAUAGCUACGAGCAGAUUAUCAGUUUGGACGACCCUGAGCCAGAAUCUCUCAAUGCCAAAACUACAAUCAUCCUCGUCGAUGACCUGUCGCAAUCCCUGCCCUUUCCCUCGCAACAUGACCCGACACCCUUUGGCAACCCUCUCCUCAAGCUGUACGGCUGCGAGAAAAUCACACUCCAUGAGCCGGCAGCCAGUCCAACCGCUGUUGACCCGCUGGGCGCAGAGACAUACUUCCGCGCGCAUCGCAAGUUCGAGCGUCAGGAGAAACAACUACGAAACAUUGAGCGAGAUCGCGCACAGCAUGAACAGCAGGUCCUCGAACGACUCCUCGACGAGCUCCGCGGUCAUGACUGGUUACGGGUGAUGGGAUUGCCCGGGGUGCACGAGAGCGACAAGAAGCAGUACGAGCCAAAGCGUGACAUCCUCAUCUCAGAGCUAGUCGCUCUAGUCAACAAAUUCCAAGCCUGGAAAGAUGAAGAACGACGCCGCAAGCUCGCCAGAGAGAAGCCAGCCCUAGACGAAUCCGAUGCUGCAACUCGCAACCAACCUCGCAAACGCUCCCGUCCAGCAGAGGACAUGGACAGCUCUCCAGCACCAGGGACAGACAUGCAAAGCACGCCCGAUCCCAACGACGUUGACGCAUUAGCAGCGCGCCAACUGCACCAAGAAGCGCGCUCAGCAUCAGCCCUCAAACCACGCAAACCAUCAACAUCCCGUAAAACCACCCGUACAGACGGUGACAGCCACAGCCACAGCCACAGCCAUGGACAUAACAUUACCACUGAAACACCCUCCGCUCCGAAAACCAGCCCAAAAGCAAAGAAAAAGACAGAUCCAACUCCACCAAAGAAUCUCAAACAAAUGCCUCUCUCUUUCUUCUAUGAAUCAGUCGUCCAAGGUAAACCCUUCACCUCAUUCUUCCGCCAAAGGCAUGUCCGCGAAGCAGCCAUCGCUGCAACAAAGGGUGAUCGUCGUGGUGGCUCACGCUCUUCUCUUGCUUUUGGUCAUCCUGUUCCUGAACAGGUCGAGCAGGAGUUCGAGCCACCAGCUGAACUACUUACUGAAGAGGCGAUUACUGCUUCUCAGCGGAAGAGAAGGAGGCUUAAGCGGCAGAGUCAUGGGUGA